CGUCCCAUUUGCCCCGACUUCCGCUCCUCCAACGGCACGCAAUGUCCACGAGGUCCAACUUGUCCCGAUCGGCACUAUGUGCCUCCCUCUGAACGCAGCGGCAUCGGCCAUCUGAUCUGCAAGCACUACCAACGUGGUCUUUGCAAGAAGGGCGAAGCCUGCGAAUUCGCCCACACGUUCAACCUCCGCGAUGAAAAAGAAUGCAAAGAAUUCAGCAGGUACGGGAUCUGUCCUCAAGGGGAUGAAUGUACGUCCUUACAUAUCCCUCCCACCGCGGAAGUGAGGAGGAUAGCGUGCGCGCAUUAUGCGAGAGGGUUUUGUCCGCUGGGGCCGUAUUGUGAGAGGAGACACGUGAAGCACCAGGCGUUGUGUCCGUAUUAUCUGGCCGGCUUCUGUCCGAAUGGGAGG